UUCCGGGUGGAGAGAAGCGGAGGACUCCUCAGCAGAACGCCGCUCGGCUUCGCUUCUGUCCGGCAUCAAGUGGACCGAGAGGGAGGCUGCGUGGAAGUCAGGAACCGAGAGAAACAUCCGAACCAGAACCGAACCGAGGACCUGCUGCCGGUCACAGGUUGCCCCGGCUGGAUGGAGAUGAGAACCCCGCUGUUGACGCUCCUCUGCGUCCUGUCCGCCGUCGUCGCCCAGGAACCCGACCACAGUCACGGCUGCGCUCACGGCAGCUGUUACCCGGCAACCGGAGACCUUCUGGUUGGACGAGAGAAGAACCUGAAGGCCUCGUCGACAUGUGGGAUGAGAAGGAAAGAACCGUACUGCAUCGUCAGCCAUUUACAGGAUGAGAAGAAAUGUUUCGACUGCGACUCCAGACGACCGUACGAUCCGGUUUACAACACCAUCAACCACCGGAUCGAGAACGUCAUCACCACCUUCAAGCCGCACCGCAAGAAGUCCUGGUGGCAGUCGGAGAACGGAAAGCCAGAUGUUUUUAUCCAGCUGGACCUAGAGGCAGAGUUUCACUUUACUCACCUGAUUAUGACAUUCAAGACUUUCCGUCCUGCAGCCAUGCUGAUCGAACGCUCGGCAGAUUUCGGUCGCAGCUGGCAAGUUUAUCGAUACUUCGCCCACGACUGCGACACUUCGUUUCCUGGAAUCUCUCAGGGUCAUUUACGAACCGUUAACGACGUCGUCUGUGAGUCGAGAUAUUCUGACAUCGAGCCGUCGACAGAAGGAGAGGUCAUCUAUAAAGUGUUGGAUCCAGCUAUCAGGAUUGAGGACCCGUACAGCCCCGACAUCCAGAAUCAGCUGAAAAUCACCAACCUGAGAGUGAACUUCACCAAACUGCACACGCUGGGCGACAACCUGCUGGACCCCAGAGCCGAGAUCAAGGAGAAGUAUUACUACGCCAUCUAUGAGCUGGUGGUUCGUGGAAACUGCUUCUGCUAUGGACACGCCUCGGAGUGCGCCCCCAUCGAUGGCAUCAGGGGCGACAUAGAAGGAAUGGUUCAUGGCAGGUGCGUUUGCAACCACAACACCAAAGGAUUGAAUUGUGAGCAGUGUGAUGAUUUCUACAACGAUCUGCCCUGGAGGCCUGCAGAAGGACGCAACACCAACGCCUGCAAGAAGUGUAACUGCAACAGCCACUCAUCCGUCUGCCACUUCGACAUGGCGGUGUAUCUGGCGACGGGAAGCGUCAGCGGAGGAGUUUGUGACGACUGUCAGCACAACACGAUGGGACGAAACUGUGAGAUGUGCAAACCUUUCUACUACAAAGACCCCACUAGGGACAUCAGGGACCCUCGAGUCUGCAUCGCUUGUGACUGUGACCCGGAUGGCUCCCAGAAUGGAGGGAUGUGUGACAGUAACACUGAUCCAUCCCUCGGUAUGGUGGGAGGUCAGUGCAGAUGUAAAGCCAACGUCGAAGGUCCUCGAUGUGAUAAAUGUAAAACCGGCUUCUUCGGCCUGAGUGCAGAAAACCCUCAGGGCUGCCAGCCCUGCCAGUGCGACCACAGAGGAACAGUAUCUGGCAGCUCCCAGUGUGAUCCAGUUAGUGGAGACUGUUUCUGCAAACGUCUGGUUACUGGUCGCAGCUGUGAUCAGUGUCUGCCUGAACACUGGGCUCUGAGUCACGACCUGAACGGCUGCCGAGGUUGUGAAUGUGACGUCGGAGGAGCUCUGGACAACCACUGCUCCAUGGACAGCGGUCAGUGUCGCUGUCGGAGUCACUUGGUCGGACGUCAGUGUUCUCAGGUGGAGUCUGGAUUCUUCUUCAUGGCUCUGGAUCACUUCCUGUAUGAGGCAGAGUUGUCCAAGAUGGGUCAGGGCAGCAUGUUGGAGAUCAGGGAGCAUCAACCCGGUCGACCGGCCUCAUGGACGGGUCUCGGCUUCUCCUGGGUCCCUGAAGGCGGCACUUUAGAGUUUAUCAUCAGUAACGUCCCAUACUCCAUGGAGUAUGAUUUACUGAUUCGAUACGAGUCACAGAUGCCUCGGGACUGGGAGGAGGUGAGGAUCACGGUGAUCCGUCCGGGACCGAUUCCCACCAGCAGCCCCUGUGGAAACACCAUCCCAGACGACGACAGAAUCACCGUCUCUCUGCCGGCCGGAUCCAGGUUCGUGGUUCCUCCUCAGCCAGUUUGUCUGGAGAGAGGCGUCACCUACACACUUCGCUUCGAGUUCAGACGCUACCAGGACGCUAACAGCAUCCUCAACGGAGCUGCCAACGCCAUCGUCCUCGUAGACUCUGUCGCCUUGAUGCCUCGUCACACUUCCAUGGAGAUGUUCAACGCUGGAGAUCCGUCCUCCAACACCAGGAAGCAGACCUACGAGCGCUACCGGUGCCAUGAGGGCGCCAAGAGCGUCGCCCGUCCAAUGAUGAGCGACACCUGCGCUAAACUCAUCAUCAGCAUGUCGGCCAUCAUUAACGACGGAGCUCUGCCCUGUAACUGCGACCCUCAGGGAUCCGUCAGCUCCUUGUGUGACGUCCGAGGAGGUCGGUGUCGCUGCAGACCCAACGUUAUCGGCCGACGCUGCGACCACUGUGCUCCGGGAACUUACGGCUUCGGUCCUUCAGGAUGUAUCGCUUGUGGCUGCAGCCUCGAAGGCUCCGUGACCCGACUCUGUGAUAAGUUGACCGGUCAGUGUCAGUGUCGUCCCGGAGCGUUCGGCCAGCGCUGCGACGGAUGCCAGGCCGGUCACUGGGGCUUCCCCAGCUGCAGACCCUGCCAGUGUAACGGACAUGCAGACCAGUGCGACCAGAGAACCGGAGCCUGCAUCAACUGUAGGGACAAUACUGGAGGAGACAAGUGUGACAGAUGUGCCGGUGGUUACUAUGGUAACCCAGUGUUGGGGAUAUCAUCCGGAGGUCACUGUCGUCCAUGCCCCUGUCCAGAUGGACCCAACAGUGGACGCCAUUUUGCUGCAUCUUGUUACCAGGACAACCGAAACAGACAAAUUAUCUGCAACUGUAACCAGGGAUACACAGGGAUUGUUAAACGCUCCGGGGCGACCAUUUUUAAGCGAGCCCGAUGUGAAGAAUGUGCUCCGGGUUAUUAUGGGAACCCCUCUCAACCGGGGGGCCGCUGCCAGCCGUGUCAGUGCAACAACAACAUCGACAUGUCGGACGUGGACGCUUGUGACAGGCAGACUGGAGAGUGCAGGAAAUGUCUUUACAACACGGAGGGACCAAACUGUGGCAUCUGCAGGAGCGGAUAUUUCGGAGAUGCUUCCCGGCGCAACUGCAGGAAGUGCACAUGCAACUUCCUGGGAACCGAACGCACUCAGUGUAUGGAGCGUGAGGACUGUGUUUGCCAGCGAGCUACUGGACAAUGCCAAUGUUUGCCAAAUGUCAUUGGUCUAACAUGCGACCACUGCGCCCCGAGUCACUGGAACCUGGCCAGUGGAAGAGGCUGCGAACCAUGCAGCUGUGAUCCCAACAACUCUGUCACCUCUUCCUGUAAUGAGUUUACUGGACAGUGUCAAUGUCGCGAUGGCUUUGGAGGGAAGACCUGCACAGACUGUCAGGAGAACUACUGGGGAGACCCAAGGACUCAGUGCAGAGCUUGCGACUGCGACUGGCGUGGGAUUGAGACCUCCCAGUGUAACCGGUUGACGGGUCACUGUGUUUGCCAGCAGGGGGUGUCCGGUGUGCGCUGUGACCAGUGUGCUAGAGGCUUUUCUGGACAGUUCCCCAACUGCCAGCCCUGCCACCAGUGCUUCGGUGACUGGGAUCGCAUUGUGCAGGACUUGGCAGUGCGUACCAAGGCUCUGGCUGAGCGUGCCCAUGAGAUUCAGACCACUGGACUUAUUGGGCCCUAUGAGAAGGCCUUCAAAGAGCUGGAGGAGAAACUGACACAAGCUCAGGGCAUCGUCAAUGCACGCAACGCCACUGCUGCAGCUGUCGCUACGCUAAUGGAGCUAAUGGAAGAUCUGAGAGCCCAGAUUGGUGACACCACAGAUACCUUAAACCGUCUGGAAGGAGAUCUGACCAUCGUCCAGGACAGCAACUCUGAGGCGAGUAAAGAACUGAGCGCUCUGGAGAGGGAGGCUAAAGAACUGAAUCUCACUUCAGAACAGCUGCACCGCCAACUGGAUAUUCUCAAAAACUCCAACUUCCUAGGUGCGUAUGAUAGCAUCCGGAGCUCGUACAACAAGUCUCAUGAUGCAGAGCGACGUGCUAAUGAAUCAACGACCACCAGACCGAGCACCGUCAGCCAGUCUGCAGACACCCGCCGUCGCACCGAGCGCCUCAUCGCAGCCAAGAAGGACGACUUCAACCGGAAAAACGCAGCAAACAAGCGAGGGUUGGGAGACCUGAAUGCCAGAGCACAAGGCCUGGACAUGAAGAAGAUCAACGAGAAGGUGUGCGGCGCUCCAGGUGAUGCUCCUUGUGGAGAAAGUCCUUGCGGUGGUGCAGGUUGCCGUGACGACGAUGGGAACCGUCACUGUGGAGGCCUGAACUGUAACGGUGCCGUGGCAGCCGCUGAUAACGCUCUGGAGAAAGCCAAACAUGCAGAGAAGGAGCUGAGCAAAGCUAUGGGGGAGGUGGAGGGACUCUUUACCAAGGUUGCAGAGGCAAAGACCAAAGCAGAGGAGGCCAAAGGUAAAGCCCAGGCUGCUCUGGAUAAAGCCACGGCCACCAAGAACAAGGUGGAGCGCUCCAACAACGACCUGAGGGACCUCAUCAAACAGAUCCGGGAGUUUCUCACUCAGGAGGGAGCCGACCCAGACAGCAUCGAGGACGUAGCGAACCGAGUGUUGGAGCUCUCUAUCCCGGCCUCGCCUCUCCAGAUCAGACACCUCGCUGACGAAAUCAAAGAACGAGUUCGCAGCCUCUCGAACGUGGAUGCAAUCCUGCAGCGUACGCAGGACGACGUCCGCAAGGCAGAGCAGCUGCUGCUGGAUGCCAAGAGGGCAAGGCAUCGUAGUGAGGGAGUGAAGACCACAGCAGAGACGGUGAAACAGGCCCUGGUGGAUGCUAAGACUGCUCAGACUUCAGCAGAGAAAGCCAUCGCAAAGGCUAAAGCUGACAUUGGGGAGACUGAGAAUCGACUGGCAGAGAUCGAGUCCGAGACGUCCAACAGCGAGAAGGACCUGAAUGACGCCAUGGACCGACUCGGCACUCUGGGACACGAGAUCAAUGCCCUGAAGACCAAACGUGCCAACAACAGCAUGGCAGCAGCCCGAGCCGAGGAGACGGCCACCAUGGCCCGGGACAAGGCCAACGAAGCCAAGCAGAUUCUAGACGGCCAGCUGACAGAUAAAUACAACGAGGUGCAGCAGCGGGUCGACACCAAAGCCAAGGCUGUGCAAGACGCCAAGAAAAGAGCGGAAAGUCUCAGGGACGAAGCGAAGGAGCUGCUGAAAGACGCCCAGAACAAGCUGCAGAGACUCGCAGAACUGGAGAAAAACUACGAGGAGAACCAGAGGAGGUUGGAGGGAAAAGCUCGGCAGCUGGACGGUUUGGAGGACAAGAUGAAAGGAAUCCUGAACGACAUCAACAGACAGAUUCAGAUCUACAACACCUGCCAGUAACCCCUCUGCUGUUCUGCCGUUUCAUUCUGCAAACCUGACAAUUGACUUUACGGUAAAAAAAAAAAAAAAGUGAAUGUGCAUAUUUUGUGUCUUUUUUUUUGUAAAUGUUUAAAACUGUUGCUGUUACACUGAAUUAUAUGAACAUAACUGAACAUGUAAAGGCUGUCUGAGGUCACGCAUUUUAAUUUGUGCACAUUAUUUUUGCUUCUGAUUUUAACAAAGAAUAUGGAAUGUAUGAGUUCGAGAAGUUAACUAUGCACAGAUUUCAGGAGAAAAUUGAGCUUUAAAAAUAAUCUGCAGGUUAUUUUUGUAAUCAUAUUUAUAUACUAUUAUUUUUGCCUUUAUUUAACAGUUGAUAGUGUAGCUGUGAUUAUGUGGGAUGAGCCUUAAAGCCGGAGUAGGCAGUUUUUUUCUUGGCAUCACUGGGCACAAUGUUCUAAAUAUACUGAAGGAACUUCAUUCUUGGCUAUGUUUUCAGACUUUAGAAAGUCUGACAGGAGAUUUUUACUUUUAAGAUAACGGUUUGAACAGACACAAAAUCCACAGUGGAAAGAGAAUUCAGUGGGGCAGUCGGUUAGAUUCCUUUUCCAGAUUUCUGCUGACAGCAUCUUUAAGCAUUUGGCCAUCAGAUGCUUGUUAAAAACAUUUAUUUCUGUCAUGUAAAUGGACUCUACACUGCCAUUUCUGUUUAUUUCCCACUAGAAUCACGUUAAACUGCAGUGGACGGUGUCUUUUUGCAGCAGUGAACAGCUUUAAAGUGCAUGACAACAUCAAAUCCAAGUGUGUUCAGAUUCAUCUGUGUUUUUGGAGGCUGCUUGACAGAAUUAUUUUGCUUCGUGGUAGUUUAUUUUCAAAUAAGCCCAAAGAAGAACAGGCUUCUUCAGUGAAAAGUGUGGUGUAGGAAUCCAGUUAGUCUUUGUACGAACAUGUGACCAUUUUAUAUCAAAAUCAAUCACAUUGAUCCAGUAUCGCUGUGUAAGUGGGUGGUCCGGAGGGAAAAAGCUUUAUGGUCUGGUUCAAAAAUGACCAUUUUAUCUUAGCAUGCAGACUGAAAAUGGAAAAACAUCACUAUUGUACAUGUUUACAGCAGAAACUCAAACCAGCCACUGUUCAUGGACACAAAAUUGAUCAAGUCUUUAACAAACCGAACUGUUCAAAAUGCCAAACUAUACACAUUGUGAGUCUUUUUCAUAUAUUCCUGAUGAAACCUGUAAAAUCUGCUGUCGUUAUGUUAAACAAGAUCCACAAUACAGUGUCUGUUUGUACCUUAUACUGCCAAUUUCAUUUAUUAUUUCCGUGACAAGUUUUGUUUUAGGAAAUAAAAACCCUCUCAGCUGCAGCCACGUGGUUGACAACUAAAGCCAAAAAUACACAAAAACCUGUGUAAACUUUUACAGUGUACAGUUUUGUGAAUAAAGGUUAAAUCAUUUCACA